UCAGUGUGCGCCUGGCUUUUGGCGCGGAUGGUCGCUGUUAAAGAGACUCUAUUACAUUAUUCUAAAAUAUUAUAAACAUCAAGUAUACUGAUCGAGUGCUGUAAGGUUUCAGUGAAGUAAUAUUAUUAUCAUUACAUUUUUAAAGCACACUAACGUUUUGUUUGUGGAAAAGGUUAACAGGUCAAAGCGCCAAGAUGUAUGGGUUCGUUAAUUACGCUCUUGAGCUGCUCGUGAUAAAAACAUUUGACGAAGAAACAUGGGAGACUAUAAAGAAGAAAGCCGACGUAGCGAUGGAGGGCAGCUUCCUUGUGCGGCAGAUUUAUGAAGAUGAAAUCACGUAUAAUUUGAUCACCGCCGCUGUGGAGGUUCUGCAAAUCCCAGCCGACGCGAUUUUAGAGUUGUUCGGGAAGACAUUCUUUGAGUUCUGCCAAGAUUCGGGAUACGAUAAGAUACUUCAAGUACUCGGUGCGACGCCGCGGGACUUCUUACAAAACCUGGACGGGCUACAUGAUCACUUAGGCACGCUGUACCCUGGCAUGCGAUCGCCUUCGUUCCGAUGCACCGAGAGACCUGAAGACGGGGCUUUGAUUCUACAUUACUAUUCAGAUAGGCCAGGGCUAGAACACAUCGUCAUCGGAAUAGUAAAAACCGUAGCAAGCAAGCUUCAUAACACGGAAGUCAAAGUGGAAAUCUUGAAGACUAAACAGGAAUGUGACCACGUCCAGUUUUUGAUCACCGAAACUUCUACGACCGGUCGAGUUUCUGCUCCGGAAAUUGCUGAGAUUGAAACUUUGUCUCUUGAGCCAAAAGUCAGUCCUGCGACAUUCUGCCGUGUUUUCCCAUUCCAUUUGAUGUUUGAUCGUGAACUGAACAUCAUUCAAGCUGGAAGGACCGUUUCUCGUCUCCUACCAAGGAUCACCAGACCUGGAUGCAAGAUUACCGACGUUUUGGAUACGGUGAGGCCUCAUUUGGAAAUGACAUUCGCUAAUGUUCUGGCCCAUAUCAAUACUGUGUACGUGCUGAAGACGAAGCCAGAGGAGAUGAGAGCCACCGAUCCUCAGGAAGAGAUUGCGUCUCUCCGCUUGAAGGGUCAAAUGCUCUACAUUCCUGAAACGGAUGUGGUAGUAUUUCAAUGCUACCCGAGCGUUACCAACUUGGAUGAUCUCACGCGUCGUGGACUCUGCAUUUCGGACAUUCCACUUCAUGACGCGACCCGAGAUCUCGUACUCAUGUCGGAACAGUUCGAAGCUGACUACAAACUAACGCAGAACUUGGAAGUGCUGACCGACAAACUCCAGCAGACCUUCAGGGAACUGGACUCGGAGAAGCAGAAAACGGAUAGACUUCUGUACUCAGUUUUGCCGAUAAGCGUAGCGACAGAGCUGCGUCAUCAACGUCCAGUCCCGGCACGCCGCUAUGAUCCGGUCACUCUCCUCUUCAGCGGAGUCGUGGGCUUUGCCAACUAUUGUGCUAGGAACUCUGACCAUAAGGGAGCUAUGAAGAUUGUGAGGAUGCUGAAUGACCUGUACACAGCCUUCGAUGUUCUCACGGAUCCGAAGAGAAAUCCCAACGUUUACAAGGUGGAGACAGUAGGGGAUAAGUACAUGGCGGUGUCUGGUCUGCCGGAGUACGAAGUGGCCCACGCGAAACACAUUUCUCUUCUGGCUCUGGACAUGAUGGAUCUGUCCCAAACCGUGACCGUUGAUGGAGAGCCUGUGGGUAUCACUAUAGGCAUUCACUCCGGGGAGGUCGUGACAGGUGUGAUCGGUCAUCGCAUGCCUCGUUAUUGCCUCUUCGGCAAUACGGUAAACCUGACCAGCCGCUGCGAAACUACUGGCGUUCCCGGGACCAUUAAUGUCAGCGAGGAUACAUACAACUAUCUCAUGCGCGAUGACAACCACGAUGACCAGUUCGAGCUGACGUACCGCGGUCACGUGACCAUGAAGGGGAAAGCCGAACCGAUGCAAACCUGGUUCCUGACACGGAAGACGAUUAAUUAAAUAAUUUAUUA